AUGCCCAAGGUGCGCUCCUCUCGCCGCGUGCCCCCCCUGAAAGAGAGCGACAUCGACCAUGAGAUAAACCUUGUCGACCACUCGGUUGCCGGCUCUAGCAGGGCCGUCUCCCCGAGCCCGGACGACGAUGCCGACCACGACAAUACCCUGACCUCAUUCGAGAGCCGCGCUCCCCUCGCUGAUGCGGCCGCCCCGCUCGCCAGCGCCGACCGGGACCAGGCUGCCCAGGAGUCGGUACCGGGCCAACAAAAGGCGGGAGAAGAUCACAAAAACGACACGGCUCGAGACAGGCCAGCGACACCUACCGUAGAGCCCCCCACGCCGGCUCCGGAGGGAGGGCCCUCGGCCACGACAGAGCAUCACACUGAGCCCUUGCCAUCCGGGAAUGGGGUGAAGAAGCAGGCGUCCAUAGACCAAGUCAAGAGACACCCGCGCCCAAGGACGCCUGAGACGGCCAUAGAUAUUCUUUACGAGAACGAGCGCGGCGGUUUCUUCUGCGGCAUCCCCCUUUUCUCGUCCGCUGCCCUGGGCAAUCUUGACCCGGCCCCCUGGACCAACUCCGCCCACAAGCCGAGCCCGACCAACAUCAGGACGGCCCAGGUGCCGGACCCGAGCUGGCAGUGGGCAUGGCCGAGCUGGCGGGUGAACCACGACGACGCCAUCGAAGCCGACAAGGACGGCUGGGAGUACUCGUUCAUGUUCGCCCGGAAGUUCUCCUGGCACGGCCCGCGGUGGUACAACAGCUUCGUCAGGAGGCGGGCGUGGAUACGCAGGAGGAUCAAGAAGGACCACGGUCCCGAGAUCGGCGACCCGCACCUCCUGAACAUGGACUACUUCACCGUCACCUCGCCGGCCGCCAAGCGCCACUCGCGGCACGGUAGUAGCGUCACCGGGGCGAGCGAGAGGGCCUCGCGCGCGAGCGUCUUCACGGCCGACGACGACGCGAUCGAGCUGCAGUUCGACAUCGAGGACAUCGAGACCCUGCUGGAGCUGCUGCGGCGCUCGCGGAUCGACCGCGAGAAGCUCGACGCCGUGCAGAACUACCUCGAGCACGCCCACGACGACCUGUCGGGCCUCGAGGCGCACAUGCACGAGAUCAUGUCCAUCUUCGUGUUCCAGGCCAGCCGCCGCCUGCUGCUGACGCGGCUCAUGGAGGUCCACGACGGGUACACGCACCUGCGCCAGAAGCAGGACCAGACGGACGAGCCCAAGGGGCCCACGCCGCCGACGGUGCGGCUGCAGGCCGUCAAGUCGGGCGAGGACGACGCAGGGGGGGCAGAGGACAAAGAGACCGGGGCGUCCCCGGGCGACGACCUGACGUCCCCAGCCACGGCCAACCUACCCGCGGACGAGGACCCCGCGCGUCUGGGCCGGCGCGUGGCCAACCUGGCGGACGCCAUCAACCACGCCGACGAGGAGGUCCGCCGCCUCGAGUACUGGAGCGACGUCAAGGGCAUGGCCGAGAACGCCGCGUCGGGCGGCGCCGUCGACGAGGAGCACGGCUGGCAGGCCGGCUGGGAGGGCAUCGACCGCAGCGGCGGGCUCGGCGCCAACAAGGAGGAGCUGCCGUGA